CGCGGUGGCGGCGGCGGGGUACGGCCCGCGCCGAGCACCUGGUGUGAACCAGGCCCUGGGCCGAGCGUGGCACAGACCUGGCCGCGCUCACGCCCCACUCGCGGGAUUGGCUGCCUGCCUUGUACGGAGGAAGCGGGGCGUCCAGCGCCUGGCCAAGGUCACCGGCCCGACGUGGCCGCAGAAAGCGGGACUGGACUCCCGAUCGGGGCAGGAGUCGCGCUAGGCCGUGAGGAGCGGGGGAGGUGAGGGGAGUGACAACUCGCGCCGGGUCCUCGUACCUGCAGCGGGAAGAGGUAAAGGCAGCAGUAAUGCUAACGCUAGCAAGUAAACUGAAGCGUGAUGAUGGUCUCAAAGGGUCCCGGACGGCAGCCACAGCGUCCGACUCGACUCGGAGGGUUUCUGUGAGAGACAAAUUGCUUGUUAAAGAGGUUGCAGAACUUGAAGCUAAUUUACCUUGUACGUGUAAAGUGCAUUUUCCUGAUCCAAACAAGCUUCACUGUUUUCAGCUAACAGUAACCCCAGAUGAGGGUUACUACCAGGGUGGAAAAUUUCAGUUUGAAACUGAAGUUCCCGAUGCGUACAACAUGGUGCCUCCCAAAGUGAAAUGCCUGACCAAGAUCUGGCACCCCAACAUCACAGAGACAGGGGAAAUAUGUCUGAGUUUACUGAGAGAACAUUCAAUUGAUGGCACUGGCUGGGCUCCCACAAGAACAUUAAAGGAUGUCGUUUGGGGAUUAAACUCUUUGUUUACUGAUCUUUUGAAUUUUGAUGAUCCACUGAAUAUUGAAGCUGCAGAACAUCAUUUGCGGGACAAGGAGGACUUCCGGAAUAAAGUGGAUGACUACAUCAAACGUUAUGCCAGAUGAUAAAAGGGGACGAUUGCAGGCCCAUGGACUGUGUUACAGUUUGUCUCUAACAUGAAACAGCAAGAGGUAGCCCCCUCUCCCGUCCUCAUGCUCCCUCUCAGUCCCCUGGAUUACCCCAGUCCUGUGACCAUGUUACCCUGAAGAAGACCAUCUUCAUGACUGCUCAUUGUAGAUGGAGAAUUCAACAUAAAUACAGCAAGAAAAUGUGUUUGGGCUUCUGAAGAGUUGUCUGCUUACCUUAACAUGUUUACUUUUUUGAACUUGUACUGUAUAGGCUUUUGGUGAAAUUCUUAAGAAGUUGUAAUGAACUCAAAAUUGAGGCCAGAGCUUGCUUUCCCUUUUCCCAAACAAAAUUGGUUUUCUGCACAAGCGAUGCUAAUGAUGUGUUCAGUGUAACUUGCAGAUUGGCAAUAAGAUACCCGCUACAAACUGUGAUUGGAUGCAAAAUCUCUUAGCUUCUUUCACGAAUGUUGGCCCUGCCUAGAUGUUGUGAAGCCUCCCAGAAUGCAUAGAGUCAUUCACUGUAGAUCUCUUAUUGAAAUGCGUAUUUUAUUUAAUGUAAGUAUAUUUUGGAACAGAUUUGUAAUUUGUACAAUUCAAUGCUUUAAUUAUUUUUUCUAUUCUCAUUUAGUUUGUAUUUUCAUUGUAUAGAGCAGACAGAAAGAUGUUGGGUCAAGCAACUAUUGAAGAGAAAUACAAAGAAAAUAUGAAAGGCACAUUAUUCAUUUUGUCCAAAUGCAAUGAGAAUCUCACUCUUAAAAAUCAGCUCUUGCUUUCAGGUCCAGAUGUGGUGAGGACAUUUUGGAGCCCUUUGAAGCUAGAUUUGGAUGAUCAAAACAAAAAGGCAGGGAGCCCAUUCUAACAUGCUGCCCAGAGGAAACUGGCUGGAGCCUGGACCAGCUGGGGUUGAUGCUUUUGCAGUGGUCAUGUGAUUGAGACCUGGUAGCUACUUAUCAGAGAGCCAGACCCUGCUGUCCUGGGAGACAGGAGCGAUGCCUCAGGAAUCAGCCCAAUGUCUGAUGUCACUGAGCCUGUACCUGUGGCCUUCUACUGAGUUUGCUAUGGCUCCAGGCCCUGCCGGUGGGGUGAGCCUCCUAGGCCUUGGAGGACCAGGAGUCAACAGUGGCAUACGCCAUCCUCGGCCAGGUUAAUGUACUGCAGAGGAAAAGCCCUGAAGAGAGGCAAGUGGAUUUACUCCAGCAUGUAGACAUUUGAACCAGUGAAAUCAAACACAAAAUAAAUGUCUGUCUAGUUUCA